CUCAUAUCAGGGACAACGACAAGGACGUACUGCUCUUAACUCUUUUCGACGGUCUUAGAAGAUGCUGCGGGGCGAACGCGAGGGGUGCGAAUAUAGUAGGCACCAUUCUUGGCGAGAGAGCAUCAUCAAGUCAAAAGUCCUUAGGAGAGCUCGUGCUGAGCAUGCUCUACAUAAGUCGACAAUUUUACGCUUCUGCGAUAGACACGAUUCUAGCCGAGGGAGAAGAUGAAGAUAGUAGUGAAGAAGACGAUGGGGUUGUACUGGCAAUACCUGCUGGCGAAGACUUGCGCAAAGCUCUUUUGGG